AUGGGGCCCUGGUCGACUCGAGGCCCUCCUCCGCCUCAGCCUCUGCUUCCCGAGAGUCGGCAAGGCGAGGCGGGUCAGGGGAGAGUGAGAACGGCGAAGGGACGAGAGGAGGCGAAGGAGCGGGAGAAGGACAACAGAGAACGCGAGGGCGGAGACGGCAAAGACCGACGGAGGGACACAGACAAAGAGAGAGAACGCGGCAGAGGCCGGGGCAGCGACAGAGGGGAUCGCGGGAAUGCCGGUCGAGACGGCAGUCGCGAUGGCGAGAAGGACCGUCGGGACGAUAAGGAAAAGGAGAGGAAGAAGAGCCGCCGUGACGAGUCCGAGGAGAGCGACCGUGAAUCGACAGGUCGUUCACGGAGCAAGGAUCGGUCGAGUCCUCGCCACCGACGCGACAAAAGAAAAAGGGAAGAGACGAAGGAGCGAGAAGCGUCGCACAAGAACGAGACGUCGCGUCGUCACCACUCUGCUUGUUCUGCGGAUUCGCACGCGUCGAUCAACAAGUCCCGCGAGAGGUCGCAGGAAAGGAAGUCGUCCAAGCACAGACACUCCAGUCGCGACCGAAGAGCGAAAAAGCAUCGCCACCACAGCGGAAGGCGCCGCCGGUCUCUGUCCGGUUCUGAAAGCCGCGAAUCGAGCAGCCGCAGCGCUUCCCCCCGUCGUGUAGUCAAAAACACGUCGGACCCGACGCGGAACUCCGAAAACGAUCCGUUCCCUGCGGACCUGCAGGGCCCGUGCUUCGUGAAGAUUUUGCCCCGCGCACGCGACCCUCCGGUCGUUCUCGGCAUCGACAACCGAGGCGUGCUGAAUCUCGCAAAGACGCACGGGUGCAAGCUGAAACUGUCGGCGGUCGCCGACCUGUACCCGCAAACCGAGCGUCGCUUUCUCCUCGUCUAUGGAGCCGAACUGGGGCCGUGCGUCGCCGCCCUCCAAGGCUGGGUGGCGAAGACUGCGGACGCGUCCGACUCGAAGCGCGGGGCAGAAAUCACCUUCCUAGUUCCAGACUCCGCCAUGGGCGCGGUGCGCGUGGCCACGGCGGAUCGAGGCAAGUCUCGGAAGAAGACCGCGCUUGCGGAUCUGCGGAAAGUGUGCGGCGCCCGCGUCAAGAUCUCGUCGCGGCGAGACAUGAAGAAGGCGCACGGCCGCGAACGCUGGAUCACGCUCCAGGGCUCGGUUGAGAGCGUCCAGGGCGGCGUCAAAGUCCUGGCGUCAGCGCUGCAAAGUUUUCCAGACUUGCGGGACUACAUGAAUAUCCAGUACGUGGAGUACACGCAGGAAAGACGAAGGCGGAAACGGUCGCCCUCGCCGCUCCCGACCAUUCCUCGAGUUGUGUUGCGCGAGCCGUCGAUGCCGAGUGCCACGGUCCCUGGCCUCCAGUUUCAGCGGGCGCUCCAGGGCGUCAGCGUGCAGGACGAGCUCGUGAAGAUCACCAAUUUGCGCGGGAUUCUCGACCCGACCACGCCGCAGAUGCGCGGACCGGCGUACGCGAAAAUCGUGAUAUCCGAUCUAGUCACGACGCUGCUCCUGGGGACGACGACGAAGGAGCCGAACCACUCGUGCCCGCUGCGCCUGAUUGAAGCGACCUUCAAGGUGGCGGCGAAGAUCAUGGAUCCGGAGAGUCCCGGCAUUCUCGAGCGCGUCCUUGUGCUGUCUGGCGAGCCGCCCGAAGUGGACAAAGCGACGCUGGCUGUUUUGGAGCAGGUUUACGCGGCCUGCAUCAUGGCGGGGCAACCGUCUCAGGUGACGUGGCGGAUGUGUGCGUCAAAUAGCGCCGCUUCGCUGAUUAUCGGCACGGGAGGCCACCGCGUGAAGCAGCUGCGGACGCUGAGCAACACGCGGAUCCAAAUCAAUACGCGGGACAACGUGCCCAACGUUGACCGGUUCGAGCGCGUGAUUGCGGUCACGGGGAGUUUCGACUCCGUCGUGAGCGUGACCAAGGCCAUGAUGCCCUUCAUGCAUGCAGACACGAACCACGCGUCGCACGUCCACCAGUGCUACGGCACAGGGCGGAAGCUGGAGAUGCCGGACUGGGUCGAGAACGUCGUUCACCGGGACGGCAUGAACGAAGAAGCCUGCCGCCAGCCGCCUCUGCCGGACACCCGCGAGGUCACUUUAGAGGGGACUUGCUUCAUGAAGCUGCUCAUCGACAACGGCCUAGCGAAUGCGCUGAUCGGGGAAAACAGCGCAAACAUCCAGCAGCUCUCCGAGCAAACCAAGUGCAACAUGAAAUUCGCGGACCCCGAGAACGUCUUCCCGGGCUGCCAAGGCGACCGCAUCCUCAUGAUGGCUGGCUCCGGCGACGCCAUGAAUGCUGCCACGAUCGCCGUCAUUGAAAAGUGCAAGGAAGUCCAUCCGAACCUGUCCUACGACCAAAUGUACGGGAAAGUGAUUAUCCCGCAAACGUGCUGCUCCGCCAUUGUAGGCCACGGCGGCCUGAAAAUCCGCGAAAUUCGAGAUGGAACUAUGACGCGCGUCGAAAUUUCAAAGAAAGGCAUCAUGACGUCCGAACGACUCGUGACCAUCUUUGGUAUGCCACAAGGUGUACAUACAGCCCUCAUCACCGUCUGCGGUCUCAUCCAGUUCGACCCCGCCGUCCGAGCCCUCCUCGAAGUCGUUUAUCCGCCGGAGGCACUUGAACAGCAGCGAAAACUCGAGGAAGAACGCCUCUCUGCGAAUGUCAUCGGCGCCGUCAUGGAGGGUGUCAACGCAGUCAUCAGCAAAGUUGGAGGAGACGAAGCUGCUGAAGCCGCUCUCAGGAAACUGCAGGAAAUGCAACGGGCAGCAGUUCUUGCAGCGGGAGAAACGGCUCCAGAAACCUACGACUUCCGGGGGCCUCUUGGGCCGAUGGGCCAGACGCGACAUGACAUCGCGGCAGGCCCUGACUACUCUGCUGGGAUUUCUUUCGUGCCCGCCUCUGGCGGCGGCCUCAAACCGUCGCUUCCAGGACAAAGCUUGUUUCCCUUCCCGCCUCCUCCUCCUGGGGUGCCGCCGGGAAUCCUGCCCGCCGACGGACCUGCAGUUCCUCUCCCGCCUGAGCCUCCUGUCUCUUCUGGUCUGUCACGGCAGGAGCUGAGACAGAAAAUUCUCGACGCCUCUCUCAAUCGUGCAGCGACUGCAGCUGAGGCGCUUCGGAGUGUCGCGCCUGGGUAUGCAAAUGCCUUGGACGACGGCGAUCUGGAGGAAGAUCCUUCUCUCGCCGGCCUCAUGGAUGAAAAAUUCUAA